AUUACUACUAAUAAUCUUGACAGUUUGCUUGAUUGAAUGAAUGGAUGGAACGCUGCAUAUAUACACAUUCCGUCGACGACAAACUACGACUAUAUUUAUAAAAUUUUUGUCUGUAUCAUGUUUCCAUAAAUAUCUUUACUUUUCUUCGAUGAUGCGCGUAUUCACGAAGACAUUAUCCGCUUUAUUUAAUUCUUCACUGUUUUUUAAACAUGAUUUCUAGAUGAGAAAGCAAGAGAGAGAGAGAGAAAAAAAAAUCUUGCCACUUGUACUGUCGUAUGAUUUGUCAAUAAGGAUUUUGCUUUUCGUUUUUGAUUCAUUUCGAAGCAAAUGUCAUCAAUCUAGGACUUGAAUUUUUGACAUUUUCAAUCAAUAAUGACCAUAUUUAAAUUUGAUGAUGUAGAAAUCGAAAAGCAUCAUGCCGUUCAGAUGGAUAAUCUUAAUUGUUUUCAAUACGUGUUCUUCACAUGGAUGACAUCAUUAGUACGGCGAAUAUUUCGACGAAACAUUUCCCUCAUCGAUUUGGGCGUUUGUUCUCCGUUUGAUUCAUGUAAUAUAAAUUCACUACGUUUGACCAGAUAUUGGCAACAACAAUGUGAUAAACAAGGAUCACAUAAUGCUUCAUUAUCUUGGACAAUGUUCAGAUUUUUUCGAACAAGAUUCAUUGUGGCAUGUUUAUUCUAUAUUCUAUGUUUGGCUACAGGUUAUCUAAGUUCGACUUUUUUUGUUAAAAAAUUACUCGAAGAACUUGAAGCUAUUACUAAUGUCGGAACUAUUGAUGUGAAAAUGGUUGAUGAAAAAACUAAUGACACAAUCAUUGUUAAUUAUGGUGAACGUGAUAUUUCUGGUGCAUUUAAGUGGAUAGCUGCACUGUAUCUUUGUGAAUUUAUACGUGCUAUAUCAUUUUCGAUAAUGUUUGCAAUCAGUAUUCGAACCGGUAUACGUUGUGUGAAUGCAAUGAAUGGAAUUAUUUAUCAUAAAAUAAUGACAAGAAUAUCAAGAAAUCUAUAUGGAUGUAAUACCAAAACAACAACAACGAUGAUGAACAUACAGCCAAAUAAUCUUUUCGCCAAUGAUUUGUGGAAAGUGUUUCAAAUGAUUUAUAUGGCACCAUUAAUGAUUGGUAGCCCAAUUAUCAUUAUUGUCACUAUUAUCUAUACAUACCUAUUAAUCGGAACCUCAGCAUUUUAUGGUAUCGGUUUGUUUAUCAUUAUUUUUGUCCUACAAUUCGCAAUAAUCAAACGGCAAACCAUAUUACGUAAUCGUAUAAUGAAACAAACUGAUUAUCGAUUAUCGCUAGUAAAUCAAAUUGUUAAAUUUAUUCGUGCCAUUAAAUUCUAUGCGUGGGAAGAACCGUUUAAAAAUGAAAUAGAACAUUGCCGAACGGCUGAAUGUUCCAUUAUUCGACGUUAUCAAUAUCUGCAGUGUUUGAGCACAUCUUUAGCGCUUUUAGCUCCAAUGUUAAUUACAAUCAUUAAUAUAUUGGUACAUACAUGGUUGGGAAAUGAUUUAACUGUUUCCACUGCAUUUUCUUUAAUAAUGUUAAAUUACAUAGCAGCUCAUGGUGUGCGAUCAUUACCAAAUUAUUUUCGUGAAAUAGUCAAUGGAAGAAUCGCUUUGAAACGUGCGGAAAAAUUCCUACAACAAGAUGAUCAUAAAUCGAAUAUAAGCAACGAAAUGUUGGAUAAUCAAAAUGCCAUUGAAAUGGUCAAAUGUUCAUUCUUUUGGAUUCGUUCUAAUGGUGAAAAUUCAGCUUCAUUAUCAAACAUAACAUUGUUGAUAUCGAAACAGAGUCACGUCUGUCUUUAUGGACCUGUUGGAUCGGGAAAAACUGCCCUUUUAUUAUCAAUCAUGGGACAAACACAAUGCUCUGAAGGCGAGGUACGAUUGUUUAGUCAAAAAAUUGCUUAUGUUUCACAAAAAGCGUGGCUACAAAAUUCAACAAUCAAAGAGAAUAUUCUUUUCGAAUUACCGAUGGAUCGAAAACGUUAUUAUGAAACAUUGAUGAAAUGUUCGUUGACUGAAGAUAUAAGCCUUUUGGCUAAUGGUGAAGAUACUGUGAUCGGUGAAAACGGCGUCAAACUUUCUGGCGGUCAGAAACAACGAAUUGCAUUAGCUCGUGCAGUUUAUUCAAACAGUGAUAUCUAUUUGAUCGAUGAUUGUUUCUCAUCGUUAGAUACUCGUGUGGCUAAAGCCAUUUUCAACAAUGUCAUUAACGGUAUUCUCAAACAUAAAACGGUCAUAUUUAUCACAAGAAAUCUUUACCUCUUGAAUGAUGAUGAUUUUGUUGCUAUCAUGAAUGAUGGAAAGGUUGAAAGUUUUGAAAAACAUUCCAAACUUAUCGAAACAUCGGAAGAUUAUCGUUUAUUAAUGGAAAAUUCUAAAGUUUUUAAUGAAGAACAGAAAGAUGAUAAUUCAUCCGAAAUUAUUGAACAUGAUGAUGAUAGUACUGAUGAUAUUGAUUCGGAUUUUGAUUCCAAUUCAAUAGAUAAAGCAACAUUAAUACAAAUCGAUAAGACUAUUAAUGGUGAAACAAAACGUCCAGCAAAUUCAUAUGAUUCAUUAAUCUCAUUAAUGGCUCAAUAUGAUGAUCAUCGUAAUGGUAAUGAGGAUGUUGAAGCUAAUGGAAACCAUAAUAAAAAGUAUAAAAAAACAAAAGAAAAAUUGAUGAACGGUGAUCAUCAAUUCCAUAAGAAAACAGUUUCAUGGUCUGUGUAUAAAAAUUAUGUUCGAGCAAGCGGCGGUUGGUGUUGGUUUUUAGUAAUGGUCACAAUUUUCAUAAUACAAACAGCAACAUCAACAUUUUCUAGUUGGUGGCUCAGUUAUUGGCUUAAUCAAGGAUCGGGACUAUCACCGAAUACCACAUCAACAGCUAAAAUUGAUGAAACAUCAAUAAUUGUCAAUCCUGAUCUUCAUUUGUAUCAAUUGGUUUAUCUAAUUUCAUUCGUCAUUGUCAUCUGUACAUCAUUCAUAAUGGCUAUUAUAUUUGUUCGUGUUAUAACUACAGCUGCCAAUACUUUUCAUAGCAAAAUUUUGUCCAAAAUCAUACAUUCACCGAUCAUAUUUUUUGAUUCAAUCAAAAUGGGAAAAAUUAUCAAUCUCUUCAGUCAUAAUAUGGAUGAAUUAGAUAACCAAUUACCUGUAGCAUUGGAUGGUUUCUUACAGAGAGUGUUACUUGUAACUGGAAAUUUUAUUAUCAUCAUUUCAAUGCUUUAUUGGUUCACAAUACCGUUUAUAUUUUUCACCAUUUCAUUCUAUCUAGCAUUUCGUUAUUAUCGAAAGGCAAUGUAUUGGUUGAAACAAGCAGAUAUGCGUCUUCGUUCACCCAUUUAUAGUUUUGUAAACAAUACGAUCGAUGGUCUGGCCACAAUCAAAGCAUUUCAAAUGGAAAGAAAAUUUCAAAUUAAUUUUUAUUCAAUUUGUGAUCAACAAAUAGCAGCAUUUUAUUAUUAUCAUUGUGCAGUACGAUGGCUAUCAAUACGAAUUGAUUGCAUUUGUGUAUCAGCUAGUCUAUGCAUUACAUUUUUUGUUAUUUUAAAUUUAAAUUAUAUUGGUUCCGCCUAUGCUGGAUUGCUCAUUACACAAAGUCUUCAGUUGAGCGGCUUAUUACAAUUGGUUAUACGAUUAGCAUUGGAACUGGAAACACGUUUAGUUUCCGUUGAACGAAUCAACACUUAUACAGAACUUAUAAAGAAAGAAAAAUCUGUACAAAAAGAAUCUAAUGUUAAACAAUUAUUAAUGAAUGGAUGGCCAACAGAGAAACGAAUAUCAUUUCGACAGGUUUCCCUUAAAUAUCGAAAAAAUUCUCCCUUAGUACUGGAUUCAGUUAGUUUCGAUAUAAAAGGUGGUGAAAAAUUUGCUAUUGUUGGUCGUACGGGUGCUGGCAAAAGUUCAAUAACAUAUGCAUUAUUUCGUCUAGUUGAAAUAUGUUCCGGGUCAAUCUAUAUUGACAAUAUUGAUAUUCAAUCAAUUCAUUUGAAGAUUUUACGCUCAAAAUUAUCAAUUAUUCCACAAGAUCCAGUCAUAUUUCAACGAUCGGUACGAAAAAAUCUUGAUCCAUUGCUGAAAAGUAAAGAUGAACAAUUAAUGGAAAUUUUAGAUCAAGUAAAACUCAAGGAUAAAAUUUUGUCAUUCGAAAAUGGUUUGAAUGAAGUGAUUAGUGAAGAUAAAUUUUCCACUGGUGAAAAACAAUUACUGUGUUUAGCUCGUGCUCUACUACAUCGCAAUAAAAUUAUCGUACUUGAUGAAGCCACUUCGUCGGUCGAUGAUCGUACCGAAAAUGAUAUAUGGGAAAUUGUUCGAAAUAAUUUCCAUGAUUGCACAAUCAUAUUGAUCGCACAUCGAUUACAAACCGUGUUGAAAUGUGAUCAAUUAAUUGUUUUACAAAAUGGAAAGGUCGUUGAACAAGGAAAUCCGAUUGAAUUGCAAAAAGAUUCAAAUUCACAUUUUUGCCGAAUGAUUUCAAAAGCAUAAAAUUAGCAUUAUAUUAUUAUUAAAAUUAAAAUAAUA